CGUGUUGACUUCAUUCAUGCUUCAAACAAUUAAUUACUUACUGUACUGUUCUUCGGUAACUAAUUACAAAUACUUCCAUUAAUACGUACAUAUUGUACGUCUGCAGUGCUUCACAGCCCAUUCUGCUUUUACGGUUACAGCUCACACUGGAGAUAUCGCGGAUUGCGUAUGAAUACAAGCAAAGUUCAUACAAACCAAGUAUUUACGUUAUCUCCUGCAAGGUGUGAUAAUUAUCCCUUAUCGUCUUCCAUGACUAUGUUUUCCAAAAGCGUCAUCCGUACCGCAACUGUUGCAUUCAGGACGCGAUUACCAUUUCACUCAAGCAUCCAAAAUGGCGCUUUCACAUCCGUUCCGAUGUCGGUUUUGCGUUGUGGGUUUGCAACUCAACCAGUGUCAAAAACACUGCCGUCCGCGGUUUCUCCUCGGAGCUCCGAACACGCAUUGUGUCUGGUGUCCUCGCAGAAUGGGAUCAAGCGAAUCGUUCUCAAUAAUCCCAGAAAGAGGAACGCGCUGUCGUUGGAGAUGAUGGAGGAAAUUUUACGGCAUCUGAAAGACGAUAAAGAUUAUCCGCGGCUCAUCGUUCUCUCAGCCAACGGACCGGUUUUUUCAUCUGGACAUGAUCUGAAGGAACUGAAAACGGACACAGGAAAACUGCAUCACGAAAAAGUUUUCAGCACGUGUACCUUGCUAAUGUGUGCUAUUGAGGAUGCUCCUGUUCCCGUUUUGGCCGUGGUAAAUGGCGUUGCUGCCGCAGCCGGAUGUCAGCUUGUUGCUAGCUGCGAUAUGGUGGUCGCCAGCAAAAUAUCACAGUUUUCCACUCCGGGGGUCAGUAACGGACUUUUCUGUUCGACGCCGAGCAUUCCAUUGAUACGUGCCAUCCCGAAGAAGGUAGCCGCGAAAAUGCUGUACACCGGUGAUUCCAUCUCCGCACAGGAAGCACUGCAGUGCGGGCUUGUUACAUCGGUUGUGGAAGAAAGUCAGCUGGAAGAGGAGACGCUUCGAAUUGCCAAUCGGAUCUGUGAGAAGAGCCCAGCGGUAGUCAGACUCGGGAAAGAGUUUCUGAACCGGCAACGCGGUAUGGAUCGAACUGCGGCGUACAGGGACGGGGAAAGGACAAUGCUCAAGAACCUGAAAAUGGAUGACUGCCAGGAAGGAAUCAGCGCAUUUUUCGAGAAGCGAAAACCGAGUUGGACAUCCUAGAACGAAUUCUGUCAGUGAUUUGAAUGUUUAUUUUGUACAAUACUUUGCACAGAAUUUUCCGUUUUUGUUUAUUGCAUAUUUUACCAUUUCUUUGGGAAGAACGCUAUAAUGAUUUUAACACCACAGAAUUUUUGGAUACUAACUAUAAUAGUUUUUAUCCGAAGAUGCCUGUUUCUGCUGAGGAAUGGUUUAUGGAUUUUACGCUUGCCACGCCAAAUGUGUUGUUAUAUGAAUACUGUACAUCUCUUGCAGGUUUUCUGCCUGUCCUCUUUGUUACCUAUGUUCUCGGCUUCCACUGAGCCGAUUUUGCAGCUUUAAAUUUUCACAGAAUCUUUUCAAAACGUAGAGUAACACAAAGCUAGUGGUUUUUUUACUCUCACAAGUAGGAUAAGCCCAGUGGUCACUCAAAGGCUUGUUGCCAUGGAUGCCAUAGGGCUAACAUGCGCUUGUUUUUCACCACGGGCAA